AUGCCACCUAAACAAAAAAAGAAAACUUUGAAAAAGUCUACAAACAGGGGAUUUGCCACGACUUCAAUUCCCAAGAAAGUCGUCGAACCUGAACCUAGUGUAGAUGUUGAGACUACAGCGGAUGGCUUAACAGCUGACGGAUCACAACCGCCCAAUGGAUCCUCUGCGCUUCUCACAGCCAAUCCCGAUCAAAGUGGAACAAGUUCAGACAACGGAGAUAAGUCCAAGGAGAACACCCUGGGUCAGGAUGAAUGGGAUUUGUCACCAGAAGAUCGAGAGAUCUACAGUUUGGCCGAAAAACUGCGACCUACGUGCGAGAAAGCAAUCGCGAAGCAAGUCAAGCAAGAGGAGGUUUUAGAUCUCACUCGAAAUGCCAACGAAGAUCCUUCUGCCAAAUCUAUCAACUCGAAUGAUGCUGACGAUGAAGAAAAGCUCUUACAAAAGGUCAUUGUGAUUUACGGUGUGCUAGAAAAACUUGGGUAUCCUAAAAGUCGCAUUGAAGAUUGUGUAGUCAAAAUCCAAAAAAUCGAGCUUGAUGAAGCGAUGGAUUACUUGCUCCUUCAUUGCACCGACGAGGAACUUAUGAUUGCUGGUCACGAUGGCCUUUAUAGUAAAGAUCGUGUCUCGGCAACACAAGAAAAAGAUAGCUCGUCCGCCAACUCUUCUAUCAAUCUGGCGAAGUUUAGCACGGAAUGUACUCCUGAUACCAGUCUUGACAUCGAUGUGUUAAGUGGUUUGCGAUUGGACGAUGAAUCAACGUUGUUGACAAAGCCUUUCCUCGGCUCCUUACCUGUCACUCCUCUAUCACCUGCUACACCUCUAUUGCCAGUAUCGCCAGCCUGUUCUACCGAGCAACUUUCGGCCGACGUUAAGCAAAAGACAUUAGCCUAUGGCAAUUAUCACACCGAGUCCACGGGAGAUGAUCUAUCUGUGAUCGAAGACUAUGUGUCACUCCGGCUUUCCCUCAUCGAACUCUGUAAGAAGACCCCUAAGAUUGGUGCAGAUCACCGCAAGAAGAACUUGAAAGAAGCGGUAAAACAUGCGCAAGAGGUCAAGUUACUAGAAGAAAGAAUUAGAUUGAUUCAAGGCAGGUAUACAUUUGAUCAACGCGAGGCUGACCAAGCCUUGAAACUGAAACUGCAAGAAACAAAGCUGUCUGAAACAGACGAAUCCAACCCGCUCACGAAUCACAGCAACGGCACUGAUAAUCAUCAACUUGAUUCGGCACCCAAAGCGAAGCAGACGAUUGGGUCCUCGUUUCCUGUCACUGCUUUCCAAACUUCAUACGACAGCGACUCAGACUCCAUAGAAACAGAUUCGUUCCAGAGAAACGUGCCUAACGAAAAUGCAGAGUCCCCAGAUGCUGUAUCCCAGAGCGUACAUACUAGUCAAGUUCUCAUAUCCACGCCUGACGGCUCCAUAGUCCUGCCUCCUGUCUUAACAUUAUCGGAUGAAGAUCAACUCUCUAGUUCUAAAACAUUGGAUGAAGAAGGCACGAGCCUGUUUGGAUCGAUGUUCAAUGAUCAAUCAGCAGAUCUCAAACCCGACGGAACGAUGUCGACAUCAAAUGCGCAGACCAACAUGUCAGAUCCCAGCGCUAGCCAACAAACGGUCGUAGUUCGAGAUAUGUCACUCCCAAAACAUUUUGUAGGCAAGUCACCACGGACCUUGUUAGAAGAGUGCAUCAGGCGACUCGAUAAGUAUGUACAGCCUAGGUACUUCGUCGUCUCAGGAGGUAGCAGGGCGGUCAAAGCUUCGGUCGAAAUUAAGUGGCAAAGCAGCAAGAUGAUAGCAGAAUACGGCGGAUCGGUCAAUGGAAGCUCUCCGGUUUUUGAGAAACCAGUCCAAACGUUUAUCAUGGAAGAUGAGGCCUGCGCUGAUGAAAAACAGGCAUAUAAUUAUGUUGCAACAAUCGCAUUAUUUCAUCUUAAUGCUCACAAUCCAUUAUCAGUGCAACGAAGUCUACCGACUCUGUUUCGAGAUUUGUGGAAUGAAUUCAAAGACAAACGGAAAAGAGAUGACGAUAAGGAAUAUAUCGAGCACCUCAAAACCCUGACGACUCUUGUGAAGACUCGGAUAAACUCCUUUGGAUCACCUAAAGCUGAGAAUAGACCGCUGACGAAGGUUACGAAAUCGGAUGACGAUGUUGUGGCUUUGGUUAAUGAACCAACUGACUCCAACACUGCCGGCGACGUGCCAUUUUUGAAUCCCACCGAUAUGACUCUGAUGGAAGAAUUUGCCAUGCGUCAGCAAUGGCCUUCGUAUCAGUACAUGCUUAGGUAUAGAGCUAGUUUACCGAUAGCAGUGUAUCGAUCGUCGAUUAUCCAAACGAUUGAACAAAACCAGGUCGUGGUACUUUGCGGAGAGACUGGAUGUGGGAAAUCUACUCAAUUGCCUGCGUUCAUUUUGGAGCAUGAACUGUCAAGAGGUCGACCAGUCAAAAUAUUUUGCACUGAGCCUCGUCGGAUUUCAGCUAUUUCUCUCGCGCAGCGUGUUUCUCAAGAGUUGGGCGAGCCGACAGGGGCUGUUGGCCAGCUCGGCUCCUUGGUCGGUUACAAUAUCCGUUUAGAGAGCAAAACAUCACCUACCACGCGUCUUGUUUAUGCCACCACUGGAAUUGUACUGAGGAUGCUCGAAAAUGGAACUGAUCUCCAUGACAUCACGCAUCUGAUUGUGGAUGAGGUUCACGAGAGGAGUAUCGACGGGGAUUGUCUACUAUUGGCCCUCCUUACCGUACUGGAAAGGCGACCCACCCUUCGUCUGAUUCUGAUGUCGGCAACAGUGGAUGCCGAAAAGAUAAGUAAUUAUAUGAACGGAUGUCCAAUCUUGAAGGUUCCGGGGCGUACAUUUCCUGUCACGAGUUUCUUCCUGGAGGAUGUAAUCGAGUUAACGGGCUACGAACUCGACAAAAAUUCUGAUGGUCGCUAUCUCUCCCGUCAACUUAAGCAAAAAGUGAUUACACUCAAGACCUCUGGAAUUGAUGACGACACUCCGACACUUGAUGACGAUGAAGACGCACUGGGAAAUCAGGAUCCCAGUCAAUUGGCUCAUACCUAUGCAAAGAGUACAAGGGACACCCUAGAAGUCUUGGAUGAGCACCAGAUCAAUAUGGACUUGAUCUUGUUGCUCCUUGAGCAAAUCUGCCUGCACAAUCCGAGUCUAGUUCAAUCAUUCUCGAACGCAACAUUAGUUUUCCUACCAUCAUUAGACACCAUACGCAAGCUGACGGAGAUUCUUGAAAGUCAUGCCGUCUUUGGUACAGCUGCUUUCCAGAUAUUUCCAUUGCACUCCACUAUAUCCAAUGAAAAUCAAGGCUUGGUGUUCCAAACUCCACCACCAGGAGUCCGAAAGAUAGUCAUAUCGACUAACAUAGCUGAGACUGGAAUCACUAUUCCUGAUGUCACUUGUGUUAUCGAUAGUGGGAAACACCGGGAAAUGAGAUACGACGAGAAACGUCAAAUCAGCCGGCUUGUCGAGACAUUCAUUGCCAAAAGCAAUGCAACUCAGCGGAAAGGAAGGGCUGGGCGUGUUCAAGAGGGAAUAUGCUUCCACUUGUUUACUAAGCAUCGUAUGGAAACUCAAUUCGCAGAAAAUCCUCUACCCGAAAUGCUGCGUUUGUCAUUACAAGAUUUAGCUCUUCGAAUCAAGAUUAUGAAGAUAGGUACUUCUAUCAAAGAUGUCCUUCGAAAAGCGUUAGAUCCACCAUCCACCGUCAAUGUCCAGCGUGCGAUUGCUUCUCUGGUGGAGGUUAAAGCUCUGACGCUCAAUGAGGAUAUAACUCCACUUGGUCGUCAUCUUGUAAAGCUUCCUAUGGACGUCCACAUGGGAAAACUCUUAAUUCUCGGUUGUCUUUUUCGAUGUCUGAGCCCUGCUCUUACUGUUGCUGCAGCUCUCAAUUCGAAAAGUCCGUUUCUCACACCUUUCGGGAGGGAGCAGGAAGCCGAUACCAUCAAAAGAUCAUUCAAAGUCGAGAAUUCCGAUUUUCUUACCAUCUGUAAUGUAUACAAUACGUGGCGCAACGCAUUUCAUAAUGACAACGUACAUCAGUUUUGUCGCAAAAACAUGCUAUCACACCAAAACCUGAUGCAGAUCGAGGAACUUCGGAUUCAAUUCUUUGGCUUUCUACUCGAUGCCGGAUUUAUCGGCGUUCAGAACGAUUCACGUAAUUACCAUGGUCGUGGUAAAUUUUGUACUGUUCCACGCGAUUUUGAUACCAAUUCUCAGGAUACAAAGGUUGUGAUGGGCUGUGUCGCAGCGGCGAUGUUCCCUAAGUUGCUCAUACGUGAUAACAGCAGCCAGCUCACUCAAACUCAUGGGGCUUGGAGGACCUUGACGAAUUCUGCGCCCGCAUCGAUUCACCCUUCGAGUGUGAACUUCACUACUGGACGUAGACCUGAUUUCGGAGAUGCAAAAUUUGUGACGUAUUUCAACAUUAUGCAAUCUAAGAAGCUCUAUGUAUGGGAAUCUGGGGUGGUAGAUGAAAAGGCGAUUUUCUUACUCUGUGGAGAAGCGGACUUCAAAUUAUGCGCUCAAUCUGUGAUCCUUGAUUCUAAGAUCAAAGUAUCAAUGAAUCCCAAGACGCUUCUUUCGCUAAAGAUCUUGAGACAAAGGUUCCAAACGCUUUUCAAUCAGAAAAUGAAGAAUCCAUCAAAGCCUUUUAGCGAGAAGCAACAAAGGUGGUUCAAUUUGAUUGUUGCAGCAUUAAAGGAUGAAAAAGACAACAUUCCUGGUAUGUUUUCUGAUACGAACAAUGAUAUGGGAAGAUCUUUGAAAGGUGAAGCUUCAAAGAAAAAAACUAUGACGGUGGUCAUUGCUCGUCCAGGUAGAGAUAUUAAACCUGCUCAGUAGAAAGAAAAGCCUACCGCGUCUUUCCCCAGAGCACGAGGCAUUGAUGAUGGGCCUUAUGGAACAACAAGCAGUUAGAUAUCAGGGAGAUACCCAUAGUGAUCGACUGGUUCCGAUAUCUCUGCUUUGAAACUUUUUCAAACUACAGACAUCUUCUAGAUUUCAUUGAAAAGCCUUCCAGUCUAGUAGUUUCUCUUGGUUUUUUCGAUUUUUAGAGCCAUCUGGAUUUUUGUUUCUUUUACUCGAUGUAUCCAAUGUUCGGCCCAAUGAACAACACACAACCUCUC